AUGCUGCGGUCGCCGAGCCUCGAAGGCAAGUUCAUCGUGCACGUCACGUCGCAGGAGCCCAGCAAGCGGGCGAACUCGGCCUGCCUGAUCUGCCUCUACCAGGUCGUGGUCAUGAUGAAGCCCGCAGCGCUGGCCUUCAGGCCGUUCGCGAACAUCUACCCGGCCUUCUGGCCCUUCCGCGACGCCUCCCGAGGGCCCUCUACCUUCGACGUCACCAUCAUGGAUUGUCUGGAGGGCCUGCAGAAGGCAGUCGAGCUGGGCUGGUUCAACUGGCGCACCUUCGACGUGGACACCUAUGAGCUCCUGGCGCGCGUGACCACUGCGACGCCAACUGGAUUAUUCCGAACAAGUUCAUAG